AUGCCCCCACCCAACAAGCUCCGCCCGAUCCACCCGGCCGUCGACAACACCAGCGAGCUAAGAUGCCUCCUCUCCACCGUUGUCGCGUCGCAGGCCAACAUCACGGCCUUGGCGGAGAAGCUCGCGGCGCUGGAGGAAUCGCACGAUGCGCUGAAGACAGAACAUGAGGCGCUGAAGGCAGACGUCGCGGCGCUCAAGGCGGCCGGCAACGCCCGUGUGGCCGAGUCUCAGCGCUUCUUCGUCACGCUUGACGAGGUCGCCAUCGUGCUCAGCCACCGCCUGUUCCGCGCCUCUAGGGAGGACGAUAACGGCGCAGAGCUGUGGAACUUGUGUCUACGCCUCCAGCCUGCCAGGCUGCGUGCCGUGCUCGAGGCGCUUGCCAAGGCUGAGCUGGUGCAGCCGACUCCUGACCAGCGGGUGAUGCUUGGGCUGUUCAUGUAG